UCUACAAUUAAUUUCGUCCCCGAAAACACAAGAGAAAUGGCAAACAGGGACGACACCCAGGCAGCGCCGACUGGACUGCCAGAACAUGUAUCCAUUUAUUCCCCCAGCGAUGCUCAAGCUGGGGAUGAUCUUUUCAAUGCUCAAAUAUUUACACGCUUGAGUAUCUCUUCCUCGACAUCGUCAAGAGUAAUCGCCACAGCCCUCGCGACAUCAUCAAAUUCGACAAACAAUACCGUAUCUCAAAGCUUCUGUGUGCAGCACAACAAUGUGCUACUGGUCUUUGACACAGAUACCAAGGAUGAUUGCGAUCUACACCACGAGCAUGUGCGAACAGUAUGCCUGAUGCUGAAAGACCACGACUACGCUAUUGAUUAUGCGAGAUGCGUGUUUGACGCCGUAUCGGCACAACAGGCUGGUUUCCAAUUCGACAAGAUGAAUGGUGGAAGCAUAUUAAUCGUCGACAUAAUGGCAUUGCAAGAUGAGGAGGAUGAUACAAGCAGUGACGAGGGCGAGGAUAACAAGUCGACGGAAAACGACAGCGCUUGAAGCGGUGCGCGUAUUGGGUUAUUAGUAUGUACUUAAUAGAUUCGUUGCAUUAAGUGUAGGAUGCAUGCCAACUCAGAUGAGAUUGAUUUACUUCAAUUAUGAUUUACCCAGCUGACUACUUCACGAGGAAGACAUACUAUAGCCGUGUAGACUUAUCGACAGUGAUUCCGUUUGAUAGUUCAAGGCCAAAAGGUAGCCCUCUGCUGUAAGAAUCAGAAUAAGGUUCUCCGCGUCUUUCUGCAAAUGCC